AUGGAGUCCCUUACCACUCAUCCAUCCACCGCGCAACAGGCCAAAGCCUUCACAUCCCCCGCGUCGCUCUCGUUUCCAGGUGGCGCUGGCGACUUGACACCGCCCUCAUCUGAGAAAGAUGGACAGAACCUCAACGGUGGCUCCUACGCAGAUGGGAAGAUGAACGGUCAACCGCAAGGAGGAAAUGGAAAUGCUUUACAAGCUCCCCAGACGCCUUCGGCGACUCCUGGUGCUGGAGUGAGUGGUAUUGUCCCAACUCUGCAAAAUAUCGUUGCUACGGUCAACUUGGACUGUCGUCUCGAUCUGAAGACAAUUGCGCUUCAUGCCCGCAACGCCGAGUACAACCCCAAGCGUUUCGCUGCGGUCAUCAUGCGUAUCCGUGAACCCAAAACCACUGCUUUGAUCUUUGCGUCGGGCAAGAUGGUCGUUACCGGCGCAAAGUCGGAAGAUGAUUCGAAACUUGCCAGCCGCAAGUAUGCUCGUAUCAUCCAAAAGCUUGGUUUCAACGCCAAGUUCACGGACUUCAAGAUCCAGAACAUAGUGGGCUCUUGCGACAUCAAGUUCCCUAUUCGACUGGAGGGUCUUGCCUCAAAGCAUCACCCUUUCAGCUCGUAUGAGCCUGAAUUGUUCCCGGGUCUCAUCUACCGCAUGAUCAAGCCAAAGAUCGUUUUGUUGAUCUUCGUCAGCGGAAAGAUUGUGCUCACCGGCGCCAAAGUUCGAGAGGAGAUUUACCAGGCAUUCGAGCAGAUCUACCCGACACUCUCAGGUAGGCUUCUUCUGAUGUCCUUGGAGUUUCUUCAGUUCUGA